GAAAAGAUCUUUUCUUUUUAGACUUAUAAGCUCGUCUAAUGUUAGUCACAUACCAUAUAUUGUUUGCUAAAGAAAGGGAAGAAGGAAACGUUGGUAUCUUCAUAAGAUCUUUGCCUGUAUUACGAUGAAUCUUUCCUGCUUAAUAUUCUAUUCACAAGCUCGCGUGUUUUGUUCGAAUUUAAGUGUUCCUAAGAAGCAAGAAAAAAUUCCGCGUUUAGAAUGCGCACAUUCGAAAGACGUGCCCGUCUUUACAUUCAAUUCAUUAGGAGGGAAAAUGGUGGGGAUAAGCGGGGACGUCGGGUAUUGCCGAUAGACGGCGUAUGGCGGAGCAGUUCAUUUCUGUAAUGGCCGCUGUCUGGCGUUGUCGGUGAAUCGGUCUCUUUUGUAGUCUCGCAAACGAAAUAUCGCAUAGCAUCGUUAUUUAGGAAAAUUCAGUGCGCGGCAAUCCACGUGACGAGAGGUGCGGUGUUCACUGGUGCAUAGUGCGUACUGUGAUGUAUAUGUUGUGACUUCGGAACAGACGAUCUGUCGAGAAAAUUCAAAUCGGAUGUGCACUGGUGUCCCACUGUUUACUCGGCUCAUCGACCGUUCACGGUUCUAGAUUGCGAAAAUAUCGUACUAGUAAUAAGAAGAUCGUGAUCGCACGAUAUGCAAUCGAGUAUCGUGGGCUUGGGUCGCGUCAUUUCGGAGUCGCAAGGUUCCAUUGAGCGAAGGUUCAUUCUCGGACAGUAAACAAAAGUGACAGCGUGCAGAUGCCGUUCGGUCAUGCCUCCCGUCUCGUCUGUAUCUGUCGAUAGUAUUUGACGUGCUGUUCUUCGCGAGCCCGAAUUCUCUCACGUAGUUCAAGGUCUUCUAAAAUCAACCUAACACCACGCUGCCAACAGGCCCAGCGAAUUUCACGCCACUUUCGAGAUCGAAUGUAUCCCGAGCGCGUUUGUCACUGACAGUAACACCGACCGCGCUUUUCUCAGUUAUCGCUCGCGUUGUCGUGUUUUUUUCAAGGACUCGUCCCGUAAUUUCUGACUCGAAAAAAUUAACAUCUUCGUAAGACUUAAAGCAAGAGAAACAGUGGACGCAUCGUUUUCACUCCCGCAGAAACGGAAAGAGGUUAGCGUAUUGACCAGUCUUGCGGGAUGCAGAUUUCUUCCAGAAUAGCCAAAAUCUCCUCCCCAUGUUUCGAGGACGCUCGAAAAGGAGAGAGAUGUGCCAAGUUUCGCCGCUGCGGAUAUUCCACGUGCUUCUCGAGUUCAUCGACGUUGACUGGUUGCCGCACUGCGUCCCCUGCUAGGAUCAUGUCCUAGUCCACUGUGAUUCCUCGAUACGCGUGAUCCCACUGCCAAAAGAGAGAGAGACGAGCGUAGCAUACCGAAGUUUAAAUCUGAUCCUGACAUGUCGGGCUACCGCUUCAAGGACGUAGCUCGUUGUCGCCUCGAGAGUCUUCCCGAUCGAGAAUCGACGACCUCGUUCGUUUGAACGGCGAAUCAAGAGACGUUGUCACGUCCACCGACAAGACUGAUAAUCUGUGUAAUGCAGCGCGCAAAGGCGACGACCUUCCGUCCCGAUUCAAGCUGCUCAAUCUUUUCACAAUAACGGCGAAAAUGUUCGGCAAGGUGCCACCGUCGAACACACCUGGACCGCCGUCGAACGAUGCAACGUUGGUCAAGUCGUGCGCCAGACCCAGUGGAACCGCGUGUUUGCCGUGUUUCUCGGUCGACGAGACGCCAGCCGCCCUCACCGAGGAAAAGUCGAAACCUUGGAGGCCGAAAGACCAUUGUAUGCCCGUAGUUUCCGAGGCACCCUCUACGGGAACGGAGGACAAGCAGAAGCUCUGGAGAUCGAAGGAAAACUGUAACCCCUCCGUCAUUUUCGAUCCACCUUGUAUCACCGAUGACAACUCGAAACCGAAGAGAGCGAAGGAAGGAUCGUGCUCUCUGAACGAGUAUCCGACUGCCACGGACGACAAGACUAAAUCGUGGAGAUCUAAGGAGAAUUGCAACGUUAGCGUGGUACCUGACGUAGCUACCUUGAUCGAGGACAAAUCGAAAGUAAGGAGAUGCAAGGAUGAUCGGUGUACGUCCUCCGAGUGUCUCGACGAUAAAAAACUUAGAAGGUCAACGAAGGAGUCGAGCGGUUCGUUGACGGCGGAGCCAGUUUCCAUCGACGAUAAAUCUAACGUAUGGAGAAUCUCGAAAGACUCGAAUAACACGGCGAGUGUCGAUCUAUAUGGUGGUUCGCAAACUCCUAGCUCCGCGUCUAAUUUUUCCCAAACGUCGAUCUCGUUCGUCGAGGUGAACAGACCUAGCAGGACCGAGUCGACUGGCUGCUCGGUCGCGAAGAACUCCUGCUCCAAAUACUCGGCCAAGGAGAUUUCUGGCCACGGAAGAAGUCACACGGUGGCGAAGGCGACGAGCGUCGCGUCAAACUUGCCCACUCACAAGUGCACGUCCAACUCAAAUUGUACGAGCUACGGGAAAUCUUCGAGUUGCGCGUCCACCAGUGCCACGAAAUCGCAGAGGGUGUUUGGUUCCACCAGUCUGAGCAGUUCGAACGUCGACUCCGGCUCGAGAGACUCGUUGAAAUUGGCAAAAAAGCAGGUCGGUCCGAACCGCGAUUUUCUCGCUGGUAAAGAGCAACAUUUACCCGGAGGAAAGUCUAUUUCCAGAGAGACGCAGAGGAGCGUCGCGCAGGCUGCACCAUUGGCGGCAAACAAACAAUCUACCGCGAAGCCUUCGGAUGCAGGACACACGGUGUCGAACGGAAAAUGUCGACCCGUCUCGGAGUCUAACAGCGAGUUAGGUGACUCACCGAUAGACUUCACCGCGAUUUCUGUGAUUCAGUCGACCGAUGAAUCUUGCCAGAAGUCGUCCGCGAAAUCGUACGCUGCCAACAAUGAUACGAUGGAGUUGGUGGUUUCGGCAACUUCGUCGUCGGGCACUUACGAGCAACGAAAUUACAGAGGGGACUUUACCACGUCCACACCGUCGAAGGACUGGAUGAAAUCCAACGGCGACGCGUUGCAAAGUUGCAUUUCCUGUUUGCCGCAAGAUCUUCCAACCGAACUGCAGUCUUCGCCUCGAAGUUACAAGGAACGAGAAAAGUGCCGUGAUCCAUGGCGACCCACCGAAAUGGAAAGCAAUAUUUGCAACCUGAAUGUGUGUCCUAGUGAUACGUAUCAGGAUACCGGCUCGAAAAGGAGGACAGGUGCUUCCUGUCAGGCGUUGAGGCAUGCGGUUGCCUCGUUGAACCGAUUGGAUGACUUUUAUAUGGAGAAGAUCGGUGCUGGAUUCUUUUCGGAAGUGUUCAAGGUUACCCACAAAGUGACGAGUCAGGUGAUGGUCCUGAAGAUGAACCAGCUGCCUGCGAACAGGCCAAACAUGCUGAAAGAAGUUCAACUGAUGAACAAGCUCAGCCAUCCGAACAUACUCAGGUUCAUGGGAGUCUGUGUACACGAGGGUCAACUGCACGCCCUCACAGAGUACAUAAACGGCGGUAGCUUGGAACAGUUGAUCAUGUCGAGGCACACGCCUCUACCCCAUCCGAUCAGGAUGAAUCUGGCGAGAGACGUGGCACGGGGCAUGACCUACCUCCACAGUCGUGGAGUCUUUCAUCGGGAUCUCACGUCGAAAAACGUGCUGAUCAAGAAGGACGAAAGUACGUCGGAAAUGACCGCCGUGGUGGGCGAUUUUGGGCUGGCAGCGAAGAUCCCGGAUCCCAGUUCCGGAUACAGGCUGAGCACCGUAGGCAGUCCCUAUUGGAUGUCACCGGAAUGCCUGAAGGGUCAAUGGUACGAUCACAGGUCGGACGUUUUCUCGUUCGGUAUAGUGGUCUGCGAGCUGAUCGGCCGCGUGCCGGCCGAUCCGGACGUUCUACCACGGUCAGAUAACUUUGGCCUCGAUUACCUGGCCGUGGCAGAGAUCUGCGCGGCAGCUGAUCCGCCGCCAGCCUUUCUGCAGCUUGCCUUCAAUUGUUGCACUUACGAGCCAAAAUCGAGACCGACCUUCCACGAGAUUACCUGCAGCCUGGACACGAUGAUCAGCAACUACGAGGAAGAAUCGAAGAACAACAUCGGUAAACGUCAGUCUGUGGAUCCUGCUCUCAUGUCCAGCAUGGACGAGAUCACUCGAGAAGGACGACCGACGAAGCGCAAGACCGCCCGUCUGCGGAGUCAAUCGGCGGACGCGAGAGGCUGCGACAACGCAACACCCUCCGACAAGGCUAGGUGUCAUUCCGUGAGAAGGGUAGCGGAACUGGCUAGCAGGAGGGACCCGCAUUACAGGCCUAUGACGGCGAAUCCGUUCCACGCGUUGGGUGGCGUGAAGAAAAUCCUUGGCAAUUUGUUCUCCAGCUGCUUGGAGCUUCCGUCUCUGGAGGAUGUCAGGCCAAGCGUCACAGAUGCUAUCGCCAAGUUCAAGCCCGCGCAGAACGACAGUAUCGCGAAGAUCUUGGACAGGAAGAAACCAAACUCGGAACCGAGCAGUCCGACCGCCAGGAAGAAAUGGGAGAGAAAGGUGGCUACAAAGGCGGGCGCAGCCAGCUUGUUCACUCAUCCGCUUUUCCGAGACGGAUGGGAGCCAAGAAGGCGAGGUAGCUGUGAGUCGGGUUUUUGGAGCUGCGUCGGCGAAGAUCUCAGCCCGGAGCCACCCAAUCGUCGACACACCUCCACCUUGAGCAGCUCCGCGGCAAGCAGCUUGUUUUUAUUGGACGACCAUCGAACCAGCUCGAUCUACACCGACUCGUCCGAAGAUAUAGCGAGCUUAGGAGGUGGCGACUCCUGUUGGGAGGAUAGAUUAAGCGGUAUCGGGUCUUCCAGUAAAACUAUUUCCAAGAUCGUCGAGUAUUUCGAGAGGAAGCAGGCGGGUAGCUUGCGACUUGCCGAUCACGAUGCCAGCUCUAGUAGGUUAACGUUCUUAAAAGCAAAUUUAGAGAGUCCCGUUCCAUUAUGCAGUAUCUCAGCCGCGCAGAGGUUAGUCGUUUGCGAGGGUGCGGUGCGCAGCAAAUUGCCCUUGUUUGACAAAAAGUGAUACACAUCACUCGCACGUCGUACAGUUCGUUCCUUAGGGUUUCUUGGUUUUUUACCGAUGUUUCUGGACCGCGUGAAAGCGCCUACACAGAGAAACGCUUCGACUCGAUUUGUUCCACGUGGAACAGCGACGGCUACGUCGAUGCGACAAAAAUAUCGGAAAAGAGUAGCGAUCGGAGGAAAGUAGGGUCGAACGACCUAGUCGCGCGCGAAAGAAGAGCUAGAAAGAUCGAAGAACGAUUAUAUCUUUAUUGGACUUUGCGAUCGAAGUGGUUAAAGUUGGAACAGGGUCAGUAUUAACCAGGUUCGAAUAUCUGGUUCAAGUUCAAUGAAAAUAUAGUCAAGUAGGAGUUCGGCGGACACUUCUCUAAAAUCUAGUAACCCGACUGUGAUGUUUUUUGAUAAUCUACAUACAUUAUUGACCCAUACUGCUAUGUUUGAAGCUGUCGGCGCGAGUUUCCUCUUCCGCGUGCGACGAUCGUUACAUAUUUCUCACCGCGUUAGUGCACUUUUAAAAAAAGAAAAAAAAAAAAUAAGAAACAACUUUAUACUUGAUACAAUAGCUGGUAAAUUUUAAAAGAAGGUUCUUUCACUUUACACAUGCCACAGGAUAUGUCAAUAGUAUUUUGCACGAAAAUGAAACGUUGCUUGCGUUGUAGUUUGGAAUACUUGGGAAUUUUCAAACAUCAUCAACCUAUUUUCCUCGGACAUGCGAUUUAGUAGAAUCGGAUGAAGAAGUUAACGGUUCAGAGGAUUGAAAGAAGCAAUACACGUUUCAUUUUGAGACUGCGGCAAUCCAAUGCCAGUAGAAACGCUGCUCAUGUUCUUACCUUUUUGCAGUGCCUCGCAGUUCCUAGUUAGUCACCUCCGUCCUUAUCCACGACAACCGAUUUUUUAUCAAUUAUUAACGACGAUCAUACAAAAUCGAAAUGUGAACGAACCGAUCGUAUUCGUAUCUAUGUUGAAAACGGUUUUUUAAUGCAUUACUAAUCCCAACAAUCGUCUCCUAUUACUUGAUUCGUGUUUGUACACUUUUCUUUUCGCGCCGAUAUCGAUGUUGACGUCGCUUAGCAGCGUUAUACUCUUACAUUAAAUACCAGGAUGUCGGGAUAAGCAGCGAAAACUACGGCAAUGUACAAUAGAAGGCGGUAUAUUUUCCUAUAUGAAUUCGAACAUUGAAAAUAAAAUAAACGAAACUACUUUAAUUUUAAGAGCCUUUAACAUCAGAUUUUUACGUAUAAUUUAUAAUUUAUAUUUUUGUUUUUUGUAACCAUCAUUCGUACCUGUGCUGUUAUUUUUUGCCGUAUUGCCGUCUUUUUUUGUACAGUAUCGUGUAAGUUGGUGAGGUAAAAGAAUUCGUCAGGGCCUACGCUGUGCUUAUACGAGUUUUUAAUUAAAUUUUUGAUCGAGUAAAGAAUACUUCCCCGACGCGCGACGCCACGAUGCGGUGUUUGAUCGUUGCGCGUCGUAGAUUAGUACUCAGGAUGCGAAACGAGACACAUAGUAUAUUUUGUUGACAGAGAUACCGUGUCCUGAAUAUUUUUGUUGAUAUAAAAGAAAUGGGACGAUGGUCCACCACACACUGUGAAAGAAAGGGAGGGAGAGAAAGUAUGCGCGAGAGAGAGAGAGAGAGCGAGAGAAAGAGAGCAAAUGAAACUGAUCUAGUCAGUGUAUUAUCGUCGGCGGCCUUAUCUUUUGUAUGUCGUAGCGCUAAUUACUUAAGUGUUCCAAGGAAAGCGAACAAACAGAGUACAGACGGAUGCAACACAACCUGUUCGAACAUACGAUACAUCGGUAGUCGUUGAUAAAACGCGAAACCAACGUAACGAACCAUUGGGAAUGACGUUUCAUUGAAUGUUUGCCGAAGAACACACAUGGAAUUUAGAAUGUGAAUGACGAUCUGUCGAAUGGAUGAAUGAAUGUGAAUAUUUAGAAGCGUAAGAAGUCGUACGUGCUCCUCGGCUGCCUCGAAAUCGUGUCUCUGUUAUACGGUAAAAUACUUAGUUGUGUAAUUAGAAUUUGUUGACUCGGAGCUUAGUAGGACAAGGAGACGAAUUCGAGAUGGCACGCGGAGCAUAUUAGUUUUUAGUUGCGCUCUUUUACGCAGGUACAGUAUCCUUGUAAGACUUUCGACGAUCACCGAAUUGUUUUCCAUAAUAUCAGACUUUUUUUUUAUAAUUUCCUUUAUAUCGCGAGUCAAUCGGCUUAGUCGUUUCAAGUUAUCUUCAACCUGGUAUCAUAUCACGAUUCGUUUUCUAUGAAUUUCUUUCCUUAUCCUUAUUCCAUAUCCUUGAGAGUACUGUAUGUGGGUAACAGAGGAUGAUUUGGAUAGGUACUAUACCGCGCGUCAGCGUGUAAAUCGUUUCGUCGCCCUGGUUGCGGGACGAGUCGAACCAAAUUUCUACUAGGAUAAUAGGCAACUAUACCUUUUUACUUGUCAGAGUUCGUUCACGGGUUCUACUUGAUAAGACUGCGUGUUUGUUAAAUAUGUAUGUAAGUAGUAAGUUGUCGAUAAUUCGCAGUCCCUUCUUCCUUGCCUAACGGAAUGCACUGUCGACCAGAAGCCAAGAUUUUUUUGUUUCGUCCCAUCGAGUCGAUACGAGAAUAACGUAGAACAUUUUCACAAAGCUUUUAUUUUCGAGUGUAUCGAUGAUCGACGAACGAGUCGUUUUAACCGUAGUCUUCCCAGCUAUCGAAACGAAACUCUUACGUACCUGUUAUUUUUGUAUCGAGUCGAUUAUCAUAGAACGAUGCGUUCUGUAUUGACGCGUCAAUCGGUACCUGAAGAAACAUUGAAGCAAGGACUGCGAAUGAGUUAUUUUUAAUAGUCGCGGACAUAUCAGGAGUGGGCAUAUCCUGAGAGAGUUGGUUGCUGGCGGAAGACGAUUGUCGAGAAGAAGAGAACAAUUACAUGAAUUUUGAUGAACAUUAGACGAACAGAAGCGAAAAAAAUAGGUAGAGAUUCUGUCUGCGUGCGUGUGUGAGAGAAAAAGUGAGAAAAACGAUGCUGUGAAAGUGUAACAGAGUACACGAGUAAAAGUACACCGGACUUGCAAGACCGAGAGGCGCAUUUUUCUUCUUAAAGAGGGUUAUUUAUUUUAAGUAAAAACAGAUAUAUUAUAGAUACACAUAGAAGUCCAUUUAAAUCAUCUCUUCCAUACUUUUGACUACCGUUCGCGUGAACCGCCAGGAAGGUGGAUCGCAUAGGCACCAGCUGUACAUAUUAUUACGACAAAGAGAGAGAGAGAGAGAGAGAGAGAGA